AGGGCGGCGCUACAGCGACCUCUCGUGGUUGGACAUGAUAUAAUAAGAACUUGUCAGAACGAGGACGACAUGGAGAACAGGAGCCGUCAGUGAACCAGAGUGUUGUUAUCAGUGUUAUUGGACCUGCAGCAGACACAAUGACAACACACAGAGAAACGCCUGUCUGGAAAACCACGGUGAUAGUCAGCACAUCUCUUCAGAACCAUGAUACAGUCAGGAUGCUGCUGGCACAACAGCACCGAAUCAGAUCAUCGGAUAGCGUUGAGCCUGGAGCCUUUAUUUUUCCUCUGUCAGGUACUGCGUUUCUGUUGGUGGAUCCCCAAGACCUACCAGAGCAAUUUGAGGAGUCAGGAGUCAUUGAGAAGAUAAAAACGUUUAUGCAAGUACACCGCAACAGCUUUCUACUUCUAUACGCGCCCUUUACUGGGAAAAAGGAACUGGAGAUCUUGUCAGAGAUUCAGUGCAGAUUCUUUGGCAGCAAUCUCAGGAUUCUGCCCGUCAGAAACAAUGCUGAGGUUGUUGAAGGAAUUUUGACAAUCGCCAAGGCCACCAGUAAGCCCCAUGUAGACAACAUCUGUGAACGCAUGUCUCUGGCUCAGACUCACAUCGUCGACAGCAGUCCUGUGUGGCAGAUGCUUAGAGACAAACUCUGAAGCUCAGCAGGUGAUUCAGUGUGUUCUCACAAACCCUGGUGUUGUUUUAUUCUAACCACUACAAAAUGUAUAUCAUAACAAAUGCAAAAGUAAAAACUGUUUUUACACUUUUGGAAUGAAAUACAUCACACUUUAUUGAAUGCAUGUCUUAAACUGUUAACAAAAAUAAAUGAAAACAGAGUUAAGAAAAUAA